ACUUCCUGUUUAUGUUGUUCCUAACAAUUAUGACGCUUUUUUUUUACUUGCUACCGAAAUUCACACUUAUCAAAUUAGUUCGCAUGAUUUAUUUUAACUUUUAAAAGUAACACCGGCUGUUAUCUAAAACAGUUUUUUUCAUAUAUUUAAAACUGAAUUAGAUCUACUUUUCACUGACCAAGUUGUUUGUAAAAAUAUGGGCACAGGAUCAAGUGUUCAACCCAAACAAGGUGUUUUACCAAAUCCCCGAAUGCAAUAUGCAAAAGAAAGAGGAAAAAAGAGCAAAAUGGAUUAUCAGAUAGGUGCACCAGUAUUGAUAGACUUGAACCAUGGUUCAAUACGAUACCGGUAUGAUUCAGAACAAAGUUCUAAGAAGGAAGAAAAACCAUUUGAAGGGGAUGCUACACAGAAGAAAGGACACUACUUUUACCAUCCUCGGCUGAAUGACUUCAGUUCAAAAGCAUCUGCUGUCAGAGAAGACCCACAGAAAUUCCUGUAUGUUGUGAAAGGUCCAGUCAGUGCAAAAGACAAGAAAGUGUUUUAUGUUUACGGACAGAGUUUUGAUGCUAAAGAUGGACAGCUAACAAGACCAAUGGCUACUGCUGCAAUGGGACCUGAUCCCACUUGGCCCCAGAGACAGAAACCAAAUGACGUGUACUACAACCUUACGUUUAUAAAACAAGUUCCAACUGAGGAUCCAAUUCCAGGAAUCCCAAACAGAUACCAGAUGCAAUUUGCUUUGAACAAUACAGAUAUUGUAAAUGAUCUGAAGAAGAAGAUUGCUCUCACAAUCAUAAAGUCGUCUGCUAAUGUACAUGUCUGCUUCCACCAAAAAACAUUAAGGUUGAUUGUGUUGAAAGCUUCAAGCUUAUUGUAACCACUCUUGAGUGCGCUUCCUGGGAAAACCAGUACUAGUGUCAUACGAGAAGUCAUGGUCAUGACCCCAGUGGGGCUCGAACCCACGACACCUGGAUUGAGCGGCUGACACCCUAUCCACUAGACCACCAAAAGACGUUAAACCCAAACACACACACGCACGCAGGCACGCACACGCACACACACACACACACACACACACACAAUUUGACUGUUAACACUCUUGAGGUCACAAUUUUAGCCUAAUAUUAAUGAAACUUUGUCAGAAAAUCUUAAAUGAUUAUGUUACUGGAUCAUCUGGGGUCAAAACAUAUGCCACAGGGUCAAUUGAUAGGGAAACCUUGUUAACACUGCAGAGGCCAUAUUUUCUACCUUACCUUUAUGAAACUUUGUCAGAAUGUUUGUCUCAAUAAAAUCUGUGUCAGUUAUAAAAUCUAGGUCAAAUCAUAGAAAAACAUUAUUCACACUCUAGAGGUCACACUUCAUACUUUAUCUUCAUAAAGCUUUCUCAGAAUGUUUGUAUCUAUGAAAUCUAGGUCAAAUUCAAUACUGGAUUAUUUAGAUAAAAAACUAGUUCACUAAGUCAUAGUAAGACAUAGUUUACACUCAAAAGGCAACACUAUAUUUCAAGGUUGGAUGCUGUUAUAUCAUAACAUUUUGGGCAUUAUUCAAAACAACAAUUGAAUUAAAAUGUGAACUGUAAGUGUAUGUCCUUUUUGUGAUAUCGGGUAUUUUUCCUGUUAGUUUGCAAGUAAUCGACCAAUUUCC